GACAGUCACGUGCAUUGACGUCAUAGAUUGUCGCGAAAGAAAGCAGUCGAUCUAUUCUUUUUUCUUUUUUAUAAAAUCUUUAAAACUGCAGUCGAUCACAGUGAAGACAAGGCACUGUCAGUAUAGUAUCUGGUAUCGAGGCUUUGGGAGUAAAUUGUCAUGGCAGAGAAAAUAUUUGUGUUUGCUGAUGAGGAGGAGCUGUUCAGUCUGAUGAAGGACAUGGAUUGCCUCUACUGCAGGAACCCAGUCCCUGCGUCAAAACAUCACCUCGAAAGGAGACAUCUCAAAUUUGCUAUAUAUUACAAAGAUGCUGACAUCGGGAAGUUUUCUAUUCCGUGUUACUGUGCAGAUGGAGGACAUGGCAGGAGCCACUGGCAUUGCCCAAUGUGCACUAAAACAUUGCAAAGGACACAGGAUUACAGACACCACAUCAGCAAACACGGUGUUAAGAUGAUCAAGAACAAAACAGAACAGGAAAGACUCAGUCCAUAUUGCAAAAAGGAAAGCAAAAAGAACUCGUUGAGAGGUUUCCCAACAUAUGCUGAGGAGCUGUGUAUGCCAAUGGACACGAACGCACCGAAAGAGAGAAUAUUUGUGUUUGCUGAUGAGGAGGAGCUGUUCAGUCUGAUGAAGGACAUGGAUUGCCUCUACUGCAGGAACCCAGUCCCUGCGUCAAAACAUCACCUCGAAAGGAGACAUCUCAAAUUUGCUAUAUAUUACAAAGAUGCUGACAUCGGGAAGUUUUCUAUUCCGUGUUACUGUGCGGAUGGAGGACAUGGCAGGAGCCACUGGCAUUGCCCAAUGUGCACUAAAACAUUGCAAAGGACACAGGAUUACAGACACCACAUCAGCAAACACGGUGUAGAGAUGAGACACAACCCAGCAGACAAAAUACACAACUAUCACAGAAAGCUGCAAUCAGACUUUGAUGCUCAAGAGGCCAGCGUGAUAUUGAGAGCCAAGGAUGUGUGCACUUUUGAACAUGAUAACUUUGGGGAACCUACAGCAUUCCUUUUUGAGACUCUACAAACAGACAAUGAAGACGAUGCACCAGACAAUGAAGACGAUGCACCAGACAAUGAAGACGAUACGCCAGACAAGAAGAUGGCAUGUCAAACUUGUGGAUUCCUCUUUACCAACUUAUCAAAUUUGAGACGGCAUGAGAGACUACAGCAUGGCCAAGUCCAACAACCCAUGUUCUGCAUAGAUGCCAAAAACGGCAUCUACGUUACACCCAAGGACCUGCAUGGACCGAGAGUCCCAAUUCAUAUCCUUAAGUCUUUCGCCCUGCAGAUUAUGCUUUGUGAAUUGGAAGAAUGCAGGGAAUUCAUGAUAGCACAGGCCCAAUGUGGAAAUCCAGGUAAAGAAUGUUGUCACCUUGAGAGGACUAGUCAGGCAAGGAAGUACAUUCCACCACCUCCGCUCUUUCUCAACUCUCUGGAAGAAAUGAUGAACAAAGGCUUCCUGUCCAAAUUGGAGAAACAGGAAUGCCAGCAGAUGAACUCAAUAGCAUGUUUAGAGGGAGUCGAUUGUGUGUACCCUGUUCGUUGGGGAGAGUUUGAGCUCUUGGACAAAUACUUUUAUUUUUCUGUGUACACCAACCUUAAAGACACAUGGUGUCAGUUUGGGAGGACAUGUGUCUCGUUUGACACCAGAUCCAGAAAAUGGAAAUGCCUGUGUGAACACACAAAAAACAGUUGUAUCCACAAGUAUUUGUCUAUGUGGUGGGUGUUCCAAGAGCGUCCUGAAUUGUUUCACAACAACCUUGAUACAAACUCUGAGAGAGCGGACGUCAUUGAAGAAGUGAUUGUGGAGGUAGAGAAUGACAUUUAAAUGACUGAGGGUGACAUCAAGGCAUAUGCAAUACUACCAUAUUCGUUUUCAUAAAUGACUCAUUGGUGAGUUGUCUGAGCAGUUAGUUGACUACUCAUUGUUUAGGGACCCAUAUGUACUGAGCCUGCAUUAUGUCCACCUAUGGUGUGUUUCAUAGUGUUAUACUGUAUGGAUGCUAAGUGCAACCCUUUAACAAUGUAACAGAUUUUCAUCAAUUAGUGUACAGAACUAGAACCUCUUAUCACACCGAACUAUCAAAGUAAGAAAUAAGAAAGGCUGCAUUUUAAAGUGACCUAAAACGCUUAUCAGAAGCAAAAUGACAUGCUUCAAUAUUACUUGAGUGCUUGGACUCUCAGGGUGAUCAUUGCUCUGCAUUUAAAUGUGUAUGGCAGCACACAUUUGCAUGCAUGAGAUUGCUCUAUCAUGCUUCAUAAAAGCUAGUUUAUUUUUCUGUGUUGAACCUACGUUGUAGCCUCCGCGUAGUCUCCACAUAGUGGCAAUUUGUAGUGGUUUGCAUUUAAUGCCCUAACUUCUCGAAUAGUUAUAAAUGUAAUAAAUAAACAAAAAGAAAUGUAAUUCGUGGAUACAAAAGUAUUUAUUAAAUUGUUGUAGCAUUAAAAAUUGAAUGAGUAAAAAAGUAUGUGAACAUGUUGAAAUUUGGUACAUAUUAUUCGUUAUAAAUGUUGUCUGCCGUGCAGAGAGAAGAUAAAUCGGCCAUAUACUGUAUUCUUGCACUUGAGUCACUUAAAUAUGAAUAAUAAAGAUGUUGGCAUACUUUGACGCUCUGAGGGGGAAAGAAAUCUAAUUAAUUAAUAACUUCUCGCUUGACCAACACAAAAUGGGUCUCGUUUUAAAGCUUAGAAUUUAUGCUGUUAUGCUGUACUUUACAAUGCAUAUAGGCAAUAUAAUCAGCUCUUAACAGGUGCUUUUUUUAAUUCGUUUUUUAAUAUGCUGUCAAAUAAGUGUUCGUUAUUUUCAUAACUAAUAAAAUAUGAUCAUUUACUAUACACAUUACCAGCAAAAAUUCAAACAGAUGAACGUUUUCACAUAGAAUACAAUAACUAUUGCUUCACUCACAGACCAAAUAUGAAUGGAGUAAAGGCCUUAAAAAACAGAUUGUCACGUUUUUGCUUGGAACUUCAUGAAACAAACAGGAUACAGUAUAAACGCAGCAGAGGCUCUCAAUUAAAAUGAGUCCAAAUACAAUGUGAUAUGAUGCAUAGAUUUUAAAAGUAAUCUUGAAGAAAAUGCAAUGUUUCCAUAUCUUUUUUUUUUUUAAUCACCUUGGUUGAGGGUCUCUGGUUACAAGACGGACCAAGCACAGUUGGAUCGGGAAAGGACCUCACAAGCUGGGAAUUGAACUUUGGUCACCCACAAAGCAUCCGCAUCACAUGUCAUGAGCGCAGUCCGCUAGGAACGAUCGACACAAAGAUAUUAAUCAGUACAACCUAUUGAACAGACUGUACAGCAAUCCUUCACAGCCUUGUUUCCAAUCACAAAAAAUUCUAUAUAUUGUGUCUAUCAUGACAAAGGUCUGUACCUUUUAUAUUGGCUGGUAACUCGAGUUAUCAGAUACAUUUUUGUAAAAGGUUCGUUUAUGUUUAAAAGCAAUGUUUUAAAGCUACUCUGAGUAAAGUUUUGUAAAGCAAUUAGACUGUGUAAUUCAAAUUUAGUGAGUAUGAGAAGUUAUGUUUAUGUUCUACUUUGCAAACAGUCUCAUCAUUUGAAGUGUUUCUGAAGGGCAGUUAGAUUCUUGAGCCUAAAUAACAAAUACUAUAGAUUUUCUAUAUUUUCACCGUUGUUCUUGAUUUGCUUCGUUGAGUAUGUUCGACUUAAUGAUGUUGAAGAAUUUAGAUUUUCAAAACAGUUCUGAUUGACACAAUCUGAUUCUUUAUUACUGUGAUCAUAUUCAUCUUAAAUUUUUCUUUUUAACUCUUUAAAUUCUUACACAAGUUAAAACAUCUGGUUAAAGCAUGGUAUAUAUUUUUCACCUUGUGUAGGUUGUAAUUAAACACAU